AUGGACAACCUAUCCCAUCAUACCAUAUUUACUCUUUCAGGACUAAAUGUUUCAAGGACACAUAAAUAUAUUUACUUUGCUUUAACUUUGAUGGGCUAUUUUUCUAUCAUUUUUUUUAAUUUGACACUGAUUGUGACCAUCCUUCUGGAGAAAUCUCUACAUCAACCAUUGUAUAUCUUUGUUUGCAAUUUAUGUGUUAAUGGACUGUAUGGAACUGCUGGUUUCUAUCCAAAACUGUUGGCUGACUUUCUCUCGGACUCUCAUGUGAUCUCAUACAGUGGAUGCUUGAUUCAAGUCUUUGUGAUUUACUCCUCUCGUUUAUGUGAAACAGCUAACAUAACUGUAAUGGCUUAUGACCGUUAUGUAGCAAUAUGUAGGCCUUUACAGUAUAAUUCAGUUAUGACUCCUCUUUUAAUAGGUAAAUUAAUUCCUUUUGCUUGGAUUUGUCCUUCUUGCUCUUUGAUAUUAGCACUUUUAUUGACUAUAAGGCUACCUUUGUGUGGAUAUCACAUUGAAAAACUUUACUGUGAAAACUGGUCGAUUGUGAAACUGUCCUGCAUACCAACAACCUAUGAUCAUAUAUAUGGAUAUAUUAAUAUUGCUGUACUUUCUAUACCUGUAUUUUAUGUCUUCUAUUCCUACGUUCAAAUAAUUGCUGCCUGCAGAAGAUCUCAGAAUAACCAAAUUAAAUUUAUGAACACUUGUCUGCCACACCUUCUAACCUUUACCAACUUCAUGAUUGCCUUGUUUUUUGAUGGAAUGUACACUAGAUAUGGGACAAGUGACAUGCCCCAGUCUCUUCGUAACAUUAUGUCACUAGAAUUUCUAAUCAUCCCUCCUCUUUUCAAUCCCAUCAUAUAUAGUUUAAAAUUACACCAGAUCAGGAGAAGAGUUUACAGCAUAUUUAGUUGUCACAACAUUACUCAAAACGAGUGCACAGUAAACUGCUGCCAAAAGAAACUUCAAGAGUCAACAGUAUUUCAUCAUAAAACACUGAACAAGAUCUAUCCUGAUAUGAUAUUAUCUGGAUAA